AUGCUGACGGAACUGGAGAGCACCCUCAACAACUUCAUCGAGGUCUACCACCGGUACUCCAUGCUGCAAGGGAACGACCACGCCCUCUACAGGGACGACCUGAAAAAACUGCUGGAGGCCGAGUGCCCUCAGUACAUGCAGAAAAAGAGCGCAGACACCUGGUUCAAAGAGCUGGAUAUCAAUGAAGACAAUGCCAUCAACUUCCACGAGUACCUGACGCUGGUGAUAAAGGUGGGCCUGGCUGCCCAUGAAGCUAUCCACAAGGAGUAG